GUUUUUACACAGCAUUUACUAUAUGUAUACACACACUGAAGAACAAUAGUAUCUGUAAUACAUUUGCAGAUGUCACUUUUCUUUAUAACUUGAUUUGAUCCAACUUGAUUCUUGUACUUGAACGUGUGACUAGCAAAUAAUGGCAUCUGCACAAGUCGAUUGGGCAAAAGUAACUGAACAAGAACAGCUUUCAAAAAGUGUUACAAGUUUAACCCUCAAUAAUGCAAAUCCCAACAACGACGAUGACGGUGUUGAUGGGCCAAUUUCACCGGCAGAGAGAUCUUUACUUCAAAAAAUAAUUAGAAAAGGUCUUGUUGAAACAACAAAAGAUUUAGAAAUACAACGUAAAGAUCCAUCUUCACCUUUAUAUAGUGUAAAAACCUUUGAGGCACUUCAUCUUAAACCAGAAUUAUUAAAAGGCGUAUAUGCAAUGGGUUUUAAUGCACCAUCGAAAAUUCAAGAAACAGCUUUACCUACCCUUCUAGCUGAUCCACCACAAAAUAUGAUUGCUCAGUCUCAAUCUGGUACAGGCAAAACAGCAGCAUUUGUUCUCGCUAUGCUCAGUAGAGUAGAUGUGGAUAAGCAUUAUCCUCAAGUGCUUUGCUUAUCGCCAACUUAUGAAUUAGCAAUACAAACUGGUGAAGUCGCUGCUAAAAUGUCUCAAUUUUGUCCGGAAAUAAAAAUUAAAUAUGCAGUAAGAGGAGAAGAAAUUCCUCGUGGUACAGUAAUCACAGAUCAUAUUAUUAUCGGUACACCUGGCAAAGUUUUGGACUGGUCGCUGAAAUUUCGAUUUUUCGACCUAAGUAAAAUUUCUGUAUUUGUAUUAGACGAAGCCGAUGUUAUGAUAGCAACGCAAGGCCAUCAAGAUCAGUGCAUCCGUAUUCACAAGAUGCUUCCUAAGUCAUCAUGUCAAAUGAUGUUUUUCUCUGCAACAUAUGAACCAGAUCUGAUGAAAUUCGCUGAAUUAAUCGUUAGUAAUCCUUUGAUAAUACGAUUGAUGAAGGAAGAAGAAAGUUUAGAUAAUAUUAAACAAUAUUAUGUUCGAUGCAAAAAUCCUGAAGAAAAAUAUACUGCUAUUUGCAAUAUCUAUGGUGUGAUUAGCAUUGGACAAGCUAUAAUCUUUUGUCAUACUCGAAAAACGGCGAGUUGGCUAGCAGAAAAAAUGACUCAAGAUGGACAUACUGUAGGAGUAUUAUCUGGUGACUUGAAUGUUGAGCAAAGAAUUGCAGUUUUGGAUAGAUUUAGAGCUGGAAUGGAGAAAGUUCUGAUAACGACUAAUGUUUUAGCUAGAGGUAUUGAUGUCGCACAAGUAACGAUAGUUGUCAACUUUGAUCUUCCUAUUAACCAAAAUCGAGAAGCUGACUGUGAAACAUAUUUACAUAGGAUAGGAAGAACUGGUCGAUUUGGAAAAUCUGGAAUUGCUAUAAAUUUAAUUGAUUCACCACACUCGAUGAAAUUAUGUCAAGAUAUUGAAAAACAUUUUGGUAAAAAAAUACAUUAUUUGGAUGCUGAAGAUGCUGAAGAAAUAGAAAAAAUUGGAACAUAACGUGUAUAAGCUUGAAUGUUUUUUUUUUUUAAUUUUCUAACAAUUUUUCAAAAACAAAAUUUACUGUCAUGGCAUUUUUCAUGGUUAAUUUACUCAAUUCAUAACAAAUAAUAUAACGUGUCUUAUGUAAAUACUUUUUCAAGCUAUACAUUAUGUUCUAAGUACUUUUUUUAAUGAAUACUGAUAAUGAUAAAAUAUUAUAAAAUAAAGAUUAAAUAUUA